CGUACGACCAGAGGUUCGGAAGAAAAGCAAAGGGUUGAAAAUUUUUCCCUGCCAAUCAAGGCUAUAAAAAGUGAAAAAUAGUGGCUGCAGAUCGGUGAUUCCAGUUCGUAAAUUGUUCUAAUCACGAGUUGAACCCGUGGUGAUUGAUGUGCGAUUGACCGCGAAGCGUUAGAAUUCCGGGAGAGUGAGCAAUUGCUUGAUUCGAAUCAGGGCAGAGAUGAACAUUUUUGGCCCACAAUGGAUGCAGGGCUGGUCGAGGACGCUGCCCCUGGUGAUGUGUGGCGUGGUGGUGCUGCUGCUGGUGGCUGUCGGAACACAACCAUCGGAAGCAGCCCAAUCAGGGACGGAUCCGUACAAAAUUCUUGGCAUCACGAAGCAUGCCACUCUGCAGGACAUCCGUCGAGCGUACAAACAGCUGGCUAAGGAGUGGCACCCGGACAAGUCGGACCAUCCCGAGGCGGAGACAAAAUUCGUGGAGAUAAAGCAGGCAUACGAACUGCUGUCCGAUUCGGAGCGACGGAAGGCUUACGAUUUGUACGGAAUAACGAACGAGGAUGCCCAUCUGUACAAGGAACGUCCUGAUUACAGCAGCUAUGGGCGAUUCCCGGAUCCGUUCGAGCAGUUCUUCGGGCACAAUUUUAACUUCCACGAUCAGGACAUUAGUUUGUUCCACAGGCUGUCGAUUACGUCGAAGUACUACGAGACGAAUAUAGUUCCGAAGAGUCACCACACUCCGCAGAUAUUGAUGUUCUACUCGGAUUGGUGCUUCUCCUGCAUGAAGGCGGCCAAUUCCUUUAAGAAGAUGAUCGAUACGUUGGAACCGUUUGGGGUUACGUUUGCGACGAUCAAUGCCGGGCAUGAGAAUCAGCUGGUGCGGAAGGUUGGAGUACAUUCGUUGCCUUGUGUGAUCAUGGUUCUGGACGGUCACAAUUAUGUCUACAAGGAGAGCGUUUAUAACACUCAGCGGGUGGUGGAAUUCAUUCGACAGAAGCUACCUUACAAGCUGUUGCUCCCGGUUGACGAUGGCUCGAUCGAUAACUUCCUGCAAGGGUGGGCUGAUAAUCGUGUCCGGGCGUUGAUAAUGGAACCACGAUCGCAGCCACGACUCCGUUACUUGAUCACGGCGUUCCAUUUCCGGGAACGAGUGGCCUUCGGAUUCGUACAGCUGAAUUCCCAAAAAUCACAGCACAUCCAGGAACGAUACAAGGUUCAUCCUUCGCUGGACACGCUACUGAUCUUCAAUGAAGAUUCCACCCGGCCUGUGGCGUCCAUAUCGAUGUCGGACAUUCCGACCCCGACCCUGAACAACAUCAUCUCCGUAAACAAAUAUCUGGCCCUUCCCCGUCUGUCCUCGCAGGCCAUGCUGGAAGGUGUCUGUCCGGCGGAAUGGAAUCGCCCUCGGAAGCGGUUGUGCGUGGUUCUGGUCACGGAAAACACCUCCACCCAUGACGAAGCCCGUCAAGCGAUGCGUCGAAUCGCCAUGGAGUCGAACUAUAGUCCGGAACGGGUCCGGUUCGCGUACAUCUACCAGGAGAAACAGACCGAGUUCAUAAGCGCCCUGGCCGAGCACAGCAAGCUGACGGAGACGAUGCUCAAGGUGGUGAUCAUCUGGCGAAAGGACGCCAAGCACAUCAAGUACGAGUGGGUCCACGAGGCCACUAUGGAAUCGUUGAACCGAAGCGUGGAGAAUGAGACGCACGAGCUGAACUACAACAACACCAAGCAGAAGCUGGACGGGGCGAUUCAGCGGCUGUUGCGGUCGUCCGAGGCGUUGACCUACGAGGCGGAAGUGAAGGAUCUCCUAGACGAGCACGCCCAAGGCCUAGUGAUCCGCAUCCUGAACAAGGUCCUGCUGGCAUUCGAAUACAUGACGGAAAACCUCGGCCAGGAACAUAUCCUGCCGGCUUUGUCCGUCGUGGGAACAAUCGCCUUCAUUUUAGGCGCCGGCUAUUUAAUGUCCUACCUGGUCCGGGUGGAAGAGGAGAACAUCCAGAAGAAGCAGUCCAAAUCUCCGGAGAAUAAAAACGGAAAAGUUCAAAACUACGUUCCGGAGUUGCGUCUUCACGAACUUCGGGCGGAAAAGUACAACGGCCUGGUUCGGCUGUUAAAACCCGGCUGCCGGACGAUCGUCCUGCUGACGGACAUGCAAUCUCGCAACAAACUGAUUCCGGCCUUCCACAAAGCGGUGUGGCCUUACCGGAAGAACAAAACCCUCAUGUUCGCCCACAUGCUCAUCGAGAAGGGCAUCGGAUGGUAUGCGGAACUGCUGCGUCUGAGCCUAUCGGAGUCACGGGAGAUGAAGAUCAACCCGAGGAAUUGCAUCGGGACGGUGAUUGCGCUGAACGGGCAUCGGAAGUACUUCUGUAUGUACCACGCCAAACAUCCGGAAUCGAACCGGGGUGCCAAGCGCAUGAUGAAGAUGACCCGGCAGCUAAGCACGAUGCCCUCGGAUCCCGAGGCCGGUGCCUUCCUGGGGAUGGACAGCUCCGACUCGGAGACCAGCACGUCCGACAUCUCCGAGCCAAAGAUCCUGCUGGAGGAGAACCUGUUGGAUGGGCUGCCCAACUGGUUGGAUCGCCUCUUCGAGGGUACCACCCAUCGGUACUACAUCAACUAUUGGCCUGAUUUCACCUCGAAAUAAGCAUCUCUAGUCUGUGUAGGCAGCUCCCUGAAGUAGGAUAAUCCUGUUUUUCGUUGUUUUUCUCUCUCUAUAGUAGUAUCAAUUUUUGUAAAAGCCAAAGACGAGGCCAUUCUUUACGGAAGUAGGAUGGGAUUAGCGGUAAUCCGUUAUCUCCGUCGACACUUCCGGUAACAGUUGUUCUGAGACUUCUCGACAAAGACACGCAAAUCUAUACUUGUUCAUUUUUUAUCUAUAUUGACUGUUUUUUCCUAUCGAUAUUUUUCUCUUUUUGGAAUAAAUCUAUUCGUCAAAGUAGGUUUAAAUUAAGUGAUAAUUGUUGGCACUAGUUUUAGUUUAGCAAUUGCGAUCGAUUAGAAGAUCACCGUAAAACCUUAUAUGGUUGUUUAACUCAUCUGUUUCUACGUGCCAGCUAGAGAAUAAAUUCUCUAGUAAGGACAAGAACGAAACACAAUCUAGUCAAAUCUUGCAUUAACACAUUAAAACUAGGAAAUCAAAAUGAAAACCAAAAUAGCAUGUUUUAUAUAGUGUUACAUGUAUCCUAAUUGCAUAAAUAAAUAAAAAAGCUAAUUUGAUUGUUCUUCUCAAACGAAAAACGGAAAUAAAUUGACACACAAUUAGACACAUAAGAGUACCUACAAAUAGAAUGUAUCCUAAAUCAGAAAUCUUUGCAAACUUUUCGCCCUCCACAGCAAACAAUUGCUUUCACUUUUUGUAACACAACUCUCAAAUGGUUUCAAAGUUAAGUAGAAGUUCAUCUUGGCUGCCGGAAAAACUCCCUCGCACAGGAAGACUGCAUUGGAGGCAUUUCUUCCCCCCCUCGGUAUACCUACAGAGAAUGCCAUCUCUAGAUACAUCUUCCAUCCCCAGAUUGUGCAAAUGGCGACCAACAGAAAACCAUCCUGUGGCGCACCAUCAAAAGAACACAAAAAAAUCCAACCAAGUGAUAGUAUUAUUAAACUUAUGGAGUGCUAUCGUCUCUUUGAUAACGCAAAAAAAAACAACUAAUUAAUUAUAAAAUGUAUCAGAAACAAUCAAACAUCUUUGAAAAAUACGCAAACAAUUUCGCGCUCGUGCUCCAAUUUUAAUGAAUCUUUCGAAAUACAUAACAUCCAAGGAUUAGAAAAAAAAACGGAUACGAAAACAGAAGAAAAUAUAAUCAAUUAAGACGAUAAAUGGUGAAUGGAAAUUUCUUUGCGAUACGAAGGGAAUAUGGAGCAAAUUUGAAUAAGCAGAACCACAAACAACGUAUUAAUAAAGAAAAAUUGGAAGAACUUUCUCACGAA